AAUUCUUUUCUUCUUAGGGACCUCAAAAGAAAGAGUAGAGAUCUGAAGAAAUCCCAGAUGAUGGCUUCUGACGCGAGUCAUAUGCUGGAGGCAGCUUUGGAGCAGAUGGAUGACAUCAUUGCAGGUACAAAGUCAGUUACAGAGUAUGCUAAUGGUGGUUACGAUAUUGUGUCACCUGCUCCAUCAGUGUACUUGGGCACAUUUCAAAUUCUGCAUCUCCUGGAAGAUCUAAAGAUGGCUUUGGAAAUGCUGGAGGAUCCUCAGGAGAAAGAGGCAUUGAGAAAUCAAAUUCCAGGGGCCACAGCAGUGUGUCUGCGGGCGUGGUUUGAAGAGAAUCUGUCACAGGUGAAUCAUCAUUCAUCCAAUAAUGAAACUUAUCAAGAAAGGUUGGCACGAUUAGAAGGUGAUAAAGAGUCGCUCAUACUGCAGGUGAGUGUUCUUACAGACCAGGUGGAAGCUCAAGGAGAGAAAAUCCGGGACUUGGAAAUCUGUCUUGAGGGGCAUCAGUUGAAGCUGAAUGCUACAGAAGAAAUGCUUCAACAGGAAUUGCUGAGUCGCACAUCGCUGGAGACACAGAAAUUAGAUCUAAUGGCUGAAGUUUCAGACCUGAAGAUUAAGCUGGUUGGUAUGGAAAAGGAACAGAGUGAAUAUGAAGAGAAACAGAACAAAGCUGAGUCAGUAGUGAACCUGAUCAGUGACCUACAGGAGCAGAUGUGUAGACUUCAGCUGGAAAUUAAUAGUAGAAUCCAAGAAAGAAAGUCUCAAGAUAGGAAACCAGACUUGACACCUAAUGGUCCUCAAUCUGGCCCAAGAUCAGUAGAGACUCUGAGCCAGAAGAAUUGUUCUCGGUGUGAUGGUUUGCUACAGGAACUUAGGCACCUCAAAAUUAAAGUGGAAGAGCUGGAAAAUGAAAGAAAUCAAUACGAGUGGAAAUUAAAAGCAACUAAAGCCGAGAUAGCCCAGCUUCAAGAGCAAUUGGCUCUCAAAGAUGCAGAGAUAGAACGCCUGCAAAGUCAGCUCUCUAGGACCUCAUCAUACAGCGAAGUGGCAGAAAGAGAGGAAGUUUAUAGGAGAAGGCUAAAAGAAAAACAUCAAGAAGUUCAGCGACUGAAGAUAGGAAUGGAAUCGUUAUUGGCUGCAAAUGAAGAAAAGGACCGUCGAAUAGAGGAGCUGACACUGUUGCUAAGCCAAUACAGGAGGGUCAAAGACAUCAUGAUUGCAGCUCAUGGCUCUUCUGUCUCUGGUGGCAGUGAAGAGGAACUUGAGAUAACUUUAAGGAAAUGGAACCUUUUGAAUAAUUCUCAAGGAGAAUUACUGAAAACAGAGGCCUCUUCAGGAGAAUUGUCACAAGCUGUGCUCCCUCCAGUGCCACACAAAGCUAUGGAAAUCAGUGGAAGCAUUCCAGUAUCUUCGACUAAUAUGACCUCUCCACAAGAAGAAUCUUUGGAAAUCAUAAAUAGGGUUCCACAAAAAAAAAAGUCAAGUAGUUUAGAAGACUUGCAGAGUGAAUCCCUGGAAAAGUAUGUAGAUGGAAAACCAGCACAGCCUGUUGUAGAACAAGAGAGUAAGCCAGUUGUGAAGGGCAGCAAGUACCAAACUUUGCCAGGAAAGAUGCCCCGACCCUUGCAGAAUGGAGAGCAGGGAACGUAUCACUCUCCGGAUGGAUGUGGGAUGAGCGAGGAAAACGGCGUCCCGGGCCUGAAUCGCAUCAGGAGUGUCAGUGCACCAGUGCUAGGAGAAACAGAGAACAUGGAUGGUACAGUAGUCUCAGAUGACCUUUCACCUCUUUCUUCGGGAACGGAUCCAAGUCCGCAGUCUCCAUGGUCUCCAGAAAACAGAAAGAGUCCAAAAGGGAUCAAGAAAAUCUGGGGAAAAAUAAGAAGAACUCAGUCAGGUAACUUCCCUGCAGACGACCUGGGGUUGGCAGAGUUCCGAAGAGGUGGCCUUCGUGCUACGGCUGGGCCUCGGUUAUCCCGCUCCAAGGACACCAAAGGCCAGAAGAGUGACUACAACGCUCCGUUUGCUCAGUGGAGCACUGAGAGAGUUUGUAACUGGCUUGAGGACUUUGGUCUCGGCCAGUACGUCAUUUUUGCACGGCAGUGGGUGACGUCGGGCCACACGCUGUUAACUGCCACACCCCAGGACAUGGAAAAGGAAAUGGGAAUAAAGCAUCCACUGCACAGGAAGAAAUUAGUUUUGGCCAUUAAGUCAAUAAAUGCAAAACAGGAUGAGAAGUCUGCACAACUUGAUCAUAUCUGGGUGACACGAUGGCUCGAUGACAUUGGCUUACCUCAGUACAAAGACCAGUUUCAUGAAUCCAGAGUUGAUGGGAGGAUGUUGCAGUACUUAACUGUGAACGACCUUCUCUUUCUGAAAGUCACCAGUCAGCUGCAUCAUCUGAGCAUUAAAUGUGCCAUUCACGUGCUGCAUGUCAACAAUUUUAACCCCCACUGCCUACGCAGGAGACCGGUUGAGGAGAACGUGUCACCUUCUGAUGUGGUUCAGUGGUCCAACCACCGAGUGAUGGAAUGGCUCAGAUCAGUGGAUCUGGCAGAAUAUGCACCAAACCUUCGAGGGAGCGGAGUGCACGGGGGCCUGAUUAUUCUCGAACCUCGCUUCAACGGGGACGCGCUGGCCAUGCUCCUGAACAUCCCACCUCAAAAGACCCUCCUGCGCCGCCACCUCACCACCAAUUUUAAUGUGUUAAUUGGACCAGAGGCACAGCAAGAAAAAAGAGAAAUAAUGGAGUCAGCAGCAUACACACCUCUGACCACCACUGCCAAAGUUCGGCCAAAGAAACUUGGAUUUUCCCAUUUUGGAAACUUAAGAAAAAAGAAGUUUGAUGAAUCAACAGACUACAUUUGCCCUAUGGAUACAAACCCAGCUGCUACGAAUGGUACUCCAAAAAACUAUGGUGGAUACAAAGGACUUAGUCCUUUCACUGAUAGGGAACUGGAUCAGAUGGAACACUCGGAAGGCACAGUAAUGCAAAUAGGGGCUCUUUCUCAAGGCAUAAGCCAGCUCACGACGCUGUUAAGCCAGGAUGAAAUGCUGAAUGACAGCAAGUUUUUAGCACCUACCUUUGAAGACUGGAGAUGAUGUUCCAGCGUGACCAAGAACACUACUCAUACCUCAUGCCUGUCAGGAGUGGCCAGGAGCAGCUGGAGGCCCUGGUGCAGAAUGGCUUUACCUCUCUUCUACUACUGUGACUUAGCACGUAGCAUUUAAUGUAGCCACACCUUACAGGUAACUCUCCUCUGUGCUGUUUUUCCAUAUAGUGUCAUAUGAAAUAGGUGUUG